AUGCUGGAUCCUGUGGAUGCAGCAGCUCUUAAGUUCACCCAGAAUGCGCUGGAGCGCUGUGCCACUCCGAUGCUGCAGAAGAAGUUUGUGGCGCUGGGUGGUGUGGAUAUGCUGGUUCACUUCAUCUCAAUGUCAGUCAAUGAUGAAGUGGUCUCCAGUGCAGCUCUUGUUCUCAGAAUGCUGCAAGCCAACAGCAAGGAAGCUUGUAUGCGCGUCGUGAAGUUGGGUGGCCCUUCGUCGCUUCUGGCGCUGCUGCGGCGGACAAGGAACAAUCAGGUUGUGCUUCCUGUUGUUUCAGCCCUUCGUACACUCGUCGAGGCUUGGAGUAUGGGCAGGGAUGAUCCUACCUGGGACAAUGUGGUGCUUUUUGAAAGCUCGGAUGAUGCGGCUGAGGUGCUGGUGGAGCUGCUCAAAAAGGCCAACACGGACAUCAGACUAGAAGCAACAUCGACCUUGUACCAUCUCUGUGCGAACGACUAUGAUCUUGUGCUUCGAUCUUCCAGCUGCGGGGCCAUGGAGUCGUUGACCAAGACCCUGAGGGAAGAGAGAGAUCUCUCCUUUGUCAUCCAGGCGACAAACGCUAUCUGUGUCCUUCUGGCAUCGGAAAGCCUGCAUGACGUCUUUGCUUCCUGUGAGGGAUACAUCGUCCUGAUGGACCUUCUCCGGGUGGCCAACCACAACAAGAUGGCAGAGCAAACUGCACGUGCCCUGUCCAACUUCAUGUGUAACCACAAGGCGCAAACGCAAGUGGCUUCUGUGAGCGGGGCGGAAGUUUUCGUUUCGACCCUGAGGAAGGUCCUGAUGAAGCAAAUCAUCGACCCCGAGGGGACGGUAGUGGAGCAAGUAUGCGCAGCCAUCUGCAACUUCACCUUUGAGAAUGAUGCCAAUCGCAUUCGGGUGGGGGAGGUGGGAGGAUGCGAAGUUCUUGUCAGAGUGUGUCAACUGAGUGAACAGGAUCGUGUCUUGGAGCAGGCUUGUGCAGCAAUCGGGAACAUCUGCAAGAAGAACCGAACCAACAGGUCGCUGAUCGGCAACGCAGGAGGCUGCGAGGUUCUGCUUCGUGUGAUCUCCAGCUCUCCUCCAGAGCGGACAGCCGUCCAAGCUGUGCGGGCCAUCGGAAAUGUCGCCAUGCGCGCCCCAGAAAACCAGCUCAAGUUUGCGGCAGACAACGGGCUCAGGCUCCUGCUGCAGCUGGUGGAGACGCUCUCUCUCAAGCUCAUCCCCACUCCCUCCCCCUUCGAGCUUGAACUGCAAAAGUCGUUCCCUUCAGGGAACCCGCGAAGCCCGAUGCCCGUUGGGGGAUCAAAUCAGAGCUCGCCGCUUAGCUCGACCUGCACCACCCCAAGGCAUCGCGGGGCAGCACAGCACGAAGAGAGCUUCCUGCAGCUCACGCUGUCUGCCCUGUCGUCCCUCUGCUCUCAUGACUGCUGCCGAUGUCAACUGGUCUACGACCUGGCGACCAAAGAGCUGCUGUCUCGCAUCUCGCGCGUUUCAGCGCAUGCCGAUACGCAAAACAUGGCCAAUCGGCUCCUCUCGCUGCUGUGGAUCCAAGACAUGCAAGAAGAGAGUCCAGCAGACGUGGAGGAGGUGAAACCUGGUUCCAUCCAUAGUAAGAGCAUGGAGGGCGAGGCUUCCCUCCAAGAACUGCCGUUCGAAUCGUCUUCGGCAUCCACCAAGAAACAUUCGUUUAAGCACAGCGAGACAGGGGCAGAUGACAACGACGAGUGUUGGGAUCCCUCGGACUUCGAGGAGGAUGGCAUUGCAGACCAUCACUCGGAUGCAUGUAGUGUCGCAAGCUUUCACUCUCGCAGUAGCGCAUACUCUCGUGACAGCUCGCAAUUUUCCCGCUCGUCUCGACGAGCUUCCUCCGAGCAGAUGAGUGCGGAGAUCGACUGCGAGGCGGAGAUCGAUCACGAGGUGACGUCGAGCUACGCGUCUGAUCACGACAGCAACCGCUACAGUGACGUGGAGCUCAACGGCUUCGGAGGAAUGUUCAGUGAGGUCAGCGAUGACGAGCUGGACGUGGAGCAACUGAGCAACAGCGGCGUCAGGCUCACUGUCAAUGACUUUGGACAGUAUCACGGAAGAGAGGCAGGGAGCAGAAACUUUGUGGGAGAAAGCUCGGUACGAGCUGCAGAAGAGGAGAUGGUGGCGUGCGAAGGAAGUGCAAGCAAGGAUCAUGCAAGUGGGGAGCAGGGGGGAGAAGCUGUUGAAGCAUCACUGCCGCAGAGCAGAAGUAGCCAGCAGGGCAAUUCUAACUUGGAGCUGCUGAUUGCAAAACGGAAUUUGCGGCUAGAGAUUCACGAUGGUGGGGAUGGUCACGGACGAGAGAGGGAGGAGGAAGGGGCAAGUCAGCAGGAGCCAGCGAUGGCUGCGUGUGUUGUCUCCAGUGAAAGCUACGGCCUUCCCCCUGCCAUGCUCAACGCCCUUAAUUACCGUCCAUUACCGCAAAGUAAUGAUGUGGACCUGCUCUACUCGCGGAACCUCAAGCAGAAGCUCAUCGACGCCUGGCUGGACGUGGCCGAGCGCUCGCAGAGGAACAAGGUGGCGCUGGCCAAGUGCAGGAGGCAACGAGAUCGCAGGGCGGUGGGGGAGAACCUGAAGCUGUGGAAGGAGGCCUUGAUCACUGAGGAGAGCGACAAUGACACGCCGAGAGACCACAGCGAAGAUGCGCUUCCUAGCAGUGACUGCUCCUCCUCCAGCUGCCGAGCCUUUUACCACGAGACGGGAGAUACCAUGGGAACCAAGUCAGGGAACAAGACGAGGUGCUGCUGCGAAGGAGAUUCUCUAAGCCCUGACGAGCAGACUCCGCAUCCCUUCCUACUGGACUGCAAUCAAACGGGAGGGAAAGACGCGGCUGACUUGAUGACUGUGGCGUCAGAGGCCUCCACCAGGUCCCUGGGCAGUGAGAACUCUGGUGUGUCUUUAUACGAAUGGUCCGCUCCUUGCUUUUGCCCUGCCCUCGCCAAUUGCCCCGUCCCUCCCUCCCCCUGCUGCAGGUCGGCAGAAGCUGCGCUUGAAGCUAGCACCAAGGUCAUGGUGUCUCUGCUGGAGAAGAACGGAUGGGCAGGAAAGGAGCAAGCGGACGUGGAGAUAGACAAGAGGAUGGGGUGUGAUAGCUGCAGACAGGCUAUGUGGACGGAGGUGGGAUCGGGAGAGGAAAAUGCUUCGUCUUGA